GCGGCUGGAGGACUCAGUUCCCCGGCCCUAGUCGGGUCGUCGUGGUGGGUGGGACUCAGUACCGAGCUGGUUUUCCACGAGCUGGUUUCACUGCAGUUUUUCUCCACUCUGGCUACUAGACUCCGGGCAAAAAGCAGGGAGUCGCCUCGGGAACCCUCCCACCCCACCCCCCAAGGCGACCGACCGACUCCUGCGAGGACGGCGCGCCGCGAGCGGACAGAGGCCCCGAGUGACCUCACCAUGGAAUACAGAGUCACUCCUCUUUCUCCUCUGACCUUCUGCAGCCCCUGGACUCCCUGGUCACCAACAUCUCUGGUCCACUAGUGACUUCUGUGUGUCCAUCCUGGUAAAAAGAACCAAGCCCAGGAGCGAUCACCAUGUUCUGUGCGAAGCUGAAGGAUCUGCAGAUCACAGGGGACUGCCCCUUCUCCCUGCUGGCCCCGGGGCAGGUCCCCAGAGAGCCCUUGGGGGAAGCCACAGGGAGUGGGCCAGCAGCUACCCCAGGGCAGCCGGGCAUCUGUCCAGGUGUCCCUGACAAGAACCCGCCCGGAAGGCUUCCCCGGAGGAAGACCAGCCGCAGCCGGGUCUAUCUUCACACUUUGGCAGAGAGUAUUUGCAAACUGAUUUUCCCAGAGUUUGAGCGUCUGAACCUUGCCCUUCAGAGAACAUUGGCAAAACACAAAAUAAAGGAAAACAGGAAAUCUUUGGAAAGAGAAGACUUUGAAAAAAUAAUUGCAGACCAAGCAAUUGCAGCAGGAGUUCCAGUGGAGAUCCUCAAAGAAUCUCUUGGUGAGGAGCUUUUUAAAAUAUGUUAUGAAGAAGAUGAAUACAUCCUAGGUGUGGUUGGAGGAACCCUGAAAGAUUUUUUAAAUAGCUUCAGCACUCUCCUGAAACAGAGCAGCCACUGUCAAGAAGCAGAAAAGAAGGGCAGGUUUGAGGACGCGUCCAUCCUAUGCCUGGAUAAAGAUCCCAAUAUCUUACAUGUUUACUAUUUCUUCCCCAAGAGGAUCACUUCCCUGAUUCUCCCCGGCAUCAUUAAGGCAGCUGCUCGCAUACUGUAUGAGACGGAAGUGGAGGUUUCCUCGACGCCUUCUCGCUUGCACCAGGACUGCCGUGAGUUCGUGGACCAGCCCUGCGAGCUCUACUCCGUCCACGUCAGGAGCGCCCGGCCACACCCGCCCUCUGGGAAGCCCGUGUCCUCGCUGGUCAUCCCCGCCUCGCUCUUCUGCAAGACCUUCCCUUUCCACUUCAUGCUGGACAGAGAUAUGAGCAUCCUGCAGCUCGGCCACGGCAUCAGGCGGCUGAUGAGCAGGAGAGAUGUGCAAGGAAAGCCUCAUUUUGACGAGUACUUUGAGAUCCUGACCCCCAAAAUCAGCCAGACCUUCAGCGGCAUUAUGACCAUGCUGAACAUGCAGUUCUUGGUGCGAGUGAGGAGGUGGGACAACUCCGUGAAGAAAUCUUCCAGGGUGAUGGACCUCAAAGGCCAGAUGAUCUACAUGGUGGAGUCCAGCUCCAUUCUAUUCCUGGGCUCGCCCUGUGUGGACAGACUGGAGGACUUCACGGGCCGAGGGCUGUACCUCUCCGACAUCCCCAUCCACAACGCGCUGAGGGAUGUGGUGCUGAUCGGGGAGCAGGCCAGGGCCCAGGACGGCCUGAAGAAGAGGCUGGGCAAGCUGAAGGCCACGCUGGAGCAGGCCCACCAGGCCCUGGAGGAGGAGAAGCGGAAGACGGUGGACCUGCUGUGUUCCAUCUUCCCCAGCGAGGUGGCGCAGCAGCUGUGGCAGGGCCGCGCCGUGCAGGCCAAGCGCUUCGGCAACGUCACCAUGCUCUUCUCGGACAUCGUGGGGUUCACGGCCAUCUGUUCCCAGUGCUCCCCGCUGCAGGUCAUCACCAUGCUCAACGCACUCUACACCCGCUUUGACCGGCAGUGUGGAGAGCUGGAUGUCUACAAGGUGGAGACAAUUGGCGAUGCAUACUGUGUGGCCGGGGGCUUACACAAAGAGAGUGACACCCACGCUGUUCAGAUCGCGCUGAUGGCCCUCAAGAUGAUGGAGCUCUCUCAUGAAGUCGUGUCUCCCCAUGGAGAACCCAUCAAGAUGCGCAUUGGACUGCAUUCUGGGUCAGUUUUUGCUGGAGUUGUUGGAGUUAAAAUGCCUCGUUACUGCCUUUUUGGAAACAAUGUCACCCUGGCUAACAAAUUUGAAUCAUGCAGUGUCCCCCGGAAAAUCAACGUCAGCCCAACCACUUACAGAUUACUCAAAGACUGUCCUGGUUUUGUGUUUACACCUCGAUCAAGGGAAGAACUUCCACCAAACUUUCCUAGUGACAUUCCUGGGAUCUGUCAUUUUCUGGAAGCGUAUCAGCAAGGAACAACUUCAAAGCCGUGGUUCCAGAAAAAAGAUGUUGAGGAAGCCAAUGCCAAUUUUUUAGGCAAAGCAUCAGGAAUAGAUUAACCAAACGCACACCUGAUUGUUAGCCUUUGGGGUCUGACUCCUUGGAACGUGAGUGGGCCCUCUGAGAGCACACUGGUAUGGUGUUGAGCUGAGGACCAGUAUUAACAUUUCAGGAGCCAAGUCACCAUCUACUUUUCCUUCCACUUAACAUGACAAAAAUGUAUUCACUUCAAUAUUCAAAUUUUCAGUGAAAAACAAAGAAACCUCAAAAAGUGACUUUGAGGAGAUAUUUCUGUUAUAUAAGAAUCACUUAUUACCUGUCCUCAGAACUCAGCACCUUGUACAUAAAUCGGGUGAUAUAGUGACCUGUACCACCUGGUGAGCUGUCUGCAUAUCCUGCCCUGGUUAUUAAAGUGCUUGUGGUAGCGCUGGUUGCCUUAAAAGCGCUUUUUGAAUAGAAAUGAUAGUCUUGAUACCAUAAGCUCUUUGAACCUUUCAACUGUACAUUUUGUUCCGUUUCCUCAUUUAACAGUUAGCAUAUAUAAUAAGAUAGAUUGAGGUUUUUUUUUUUCCUGUUGCACUUUUUUCUUUUUCCUUUUCUUAAACAAAAUAAGCCAUUAUGGGUUAGAUGCAAUAUGAAUCUAAAGUAGUUCUCCUGUAAAUAUCAAGAUGAUUUUAUAAAAAUAUUCUCUACAACAUAAUAUGUCAUAAGUAUUUCCUUUUUUGACAUUUUUAAAAGUCUAUACAUGGUAAAGGCUAUUUUAAUUCAUAAUAGUGAUUUCGUUUCUAUUAAUUCAUUUUUGUGUCAUCUUCAGGGUAAAAGAGGAUUAUGGCCUAUAUUAACAUGCAAUAAUCUCAUUAUGAUUUACUUUAACUGAAGCAAUGUGGAGUAAAGGCAGCAUUCAGGGAGUGAGCCAUAAAGUCAGAAGUGAAGUACUUAUACACACAGGAGUAACUUGGACCUAUUUCAGCAGACACCCUCCAUUGCCAGGCUGAGCCACAGAAAGUUGUUGCAUUAGGAAAAUCUAAGUUCAGAAGUCAGAAAUAAGACUUGUACUUUUUGCUGAUAGCUUAUUUUUAAGUAUUUGUGUUGAGCACUUUGGUGUGUAUAUAUGUCCUCAGAAUCAAGCUUUUGUCUUAAGUACACAUCUGUGAAUAUUUUAUUCUAGUGAAAUAACUCAAUGAUAUUUUUAAAGGGAAUGUUAAUGUUGAUGAAGAAAAUGAUGCUGUGAUUUCAUUCUGGAACUUUCAAAACAUUUUUCUGGAACAUAAACAUUUAUUUUUAGUGAUGUUAGUCUAAGAUCUCUGCUGAACUAAAUAACAUACAGAGUUUGGUUGGAGAUAAGAUCUGAUUUUUAAAUGAAUACAGCCUCAAAGCUAGAGAAAGAGGAACAUAAAAGUGUUUAAGUCACUAUUAGCAGAGCUAUAGAUACAGCAAACUCUUAUUUGUGGAUCUGAGAAGUAACUCAGCUUAAAAAUUUAAAAAUUCUCUCCAUUGGUCCCCAGGCUAGUCCAUGGCGACCUCAGGAAUACCAGUAAUUUCUGAUAGGUCUCUUAGCAUCCCUGUGUAUUAUUAUAUAUGUUACAAUAAUUAUUAUUUACUCAAUAAUGAUCCUGUGUCUUGAAGCACUGAUGUGGCUCAUUAAAUGUCAGUCCUAUUAUUGGGGACUACCACAGGACUUGGGAAAAUAUAGUUAUAAUCUUACAAGCAUAUGAAGUUAAUAAAAAUAUUUAAAAGUAAAAUCAAGACUUAAAUAUAUUUUUCUUUCUGGAACUGAGCCCGUAUUACAAGCAAAAUAUUAGAAAUUAAGGGAAAUUAAAAACCAUAAAAUGUGUGUUAUUUAUCACCUGUUUAAGCAGACUCAAAUUUGCUAAUAAUUUAUGUUCCAAAAGUUGUAAAUUAAUUGGAAUUCAAAAAAUAUUCUCUGCGUGUGUGUAUAAACACAUGUACACACAGAGAACCAGUGAAGGAAAAUAGAAACAAUCUGUUGUUCGGUCGCUAAGUCGUGUCCAACUCUUUACAGCCCCAUGGACUGCAACAUGCCGUGCUCUUCUGUCCUCCACCAUCUCCUUGAAUUUGCUCAAAUUCAUGUUCAUUGAGUCAGUGAAGCUCUCCAAUCAUCUCAUCCUCUGCUGCCCUUUUCUCCUUUGCCUUCAAUCUUUCCCAGCAUUAGGGUCUUUUCCAAUGAGUCGACUUAUUGCAUCAGGUGGCCAAAGUAUUGGAGCUUCAGCUUCAGCAUCAUACCUUUGAACAUUCUUUGGCAUUGCCUUUCUUUGGGAUUGAAAUGAGAACUGACCUUUUCCAGUCCUGUGGCUACUGCUGAGUUUUCCAAAUUUACUGACAUAUUGAGUGCAGCACUUUCACAGCAUCAUCUUUUAGGAUUUGAAAUCAUUCAGCUAGAAUUCCAUCACCUCCACUAGUUUUGUUUGUACUAUUACUUCCUAAGUCCCACUUGACCUCACACUCCAGGAUAUCUGACUCUAGAUGAAUGACCACACCAUCGUGGUUAUCUGAGUCAUUAAGAUCUUUUUUGUUUUUUUGUUUUUUUUGUAUAGUUUUUCUGUGUAUUCUUGCCACCUCUUCUUAAUCUCUUAUGCUUCUGUUAGGUCGUUACUGUUUCUGUCUUUUAUUGUGCCCAUCCUUGCAUGAAAUGUUCCCUUGAUAUCUCCAAUUUUCUUGAAGAGAUCUCUAGUCUUUCCUAUUCUAUUGUUUUCCUCUGUUUCUUUGCAUUUUUAAUUUAAAUAGGCCUUCUUAUCUCUCCUUGCUAUUCUCUGAAACUCUGCAUUCAGUUGGGUAUAUCUCUCCCUUUCUCCCUUGAUAUUUGGUUCUCUUCUUUCCUCAGCUAUUUUUGUAAUGAAUCCUCAGACAACCACUUUGUCUUCUUGCAUUUCCUCCUCUUUGGGAUGAUUUUGGUCACUGCCUCCUCUGCAGUGUUACAAACUUCCAUCCACAGCUCUUUAGGCACUCUACCAGAUCUAAUCUCUUGAAUCUAUUCAUCGCCUCCACUGUAUCAUCAUAAAGGAUUUGAUUUAGAUCAUACCUGAAUGGCCUAGUGGUUUUCCCUACUUUCUUCAGUUUAAGAUUGAAUUUUGCAAUAUGGAGCUCAUGAUCUGAGCCACAAUCAGCCCCAGGUCUUCCUUGUUUUUGUUGACCGUAUAGAGCUUCUCCAUCUUUGACUGCAAAUAAUAUACUCAAUCUGAUUUCAGUAUUGACCAUCUGGUGAUAUCCAGGUAUGGAGUUGUCUCUUGUAUUGUUGGACGAGGGUAUUUGCUAUGACCAGCAUGUUCUGUUGACCAGAUUCUGUUGGAAAAAUCUGAGGGAAAUGUAAGCAAUCUGAGUGAAAGCUACAUGGGAAUUCCUUAUACUAUUCCUGCAAUCUUUCCAUAAGUCUGAUAUUUUAUCCAAAGAAAAAGUUACUAAAAUGUGUUUUCUCAAAAAUAUUCAAUCACCUGUUAUAGAUUACCUAGCCUAGUGUGCAAAGGCUCCUUAACUGUGGGAUGCUACGUAACCAGAUGGACACACCUUUCCGUGAUGGAUGUGCUCAAAAUCUGCAACUUGGAUGCUAAAAACUUUGAGGAAUCCCUUUCUCAUCUCUGCCUUAUCAAUUCUAGAGUAUGUACUUGUCAGAGACACAUUCAGGUCCGGAUCACCGAAGGUGCCCAGGGAUAGAGCUUGAGGGUGAGUUGACAAGGAAAGUGAGGGACCAAGACAGAGGCUUGAGACUGGCAUGGAGUUGAGAAUGGAGAAAAGAGUGGACACAGAGGGUCUCUGACAAGGUUGAGGGAUGAAUCUUACUGCCAAGUCAACUGUUCUGUAAUACAAUUUGAGUCCCCAGAUGCCUAUUCCUCCUAAGAAUUCCAGGAGCUAUUCUGUUCUGUUGUUUCCAUGACUUCUUGUCCCAUUAUUUUGUGUCCAGUACACAGAAUAAAUUCACUUGGCACAUGUAGCUCUCAAGUGAGCAUAGAGUUCCCUUGACGUCUCCCAGAGAUAUCUGCAAAGUGAAAUACAUAGAGUUCAAAGAUCUGUUCCCAUUUUUCCUUCUCUUUCUCCUUCCAUCUGGACUUCGUAAGAAAACACAAAGUUUUUUUUUUUUUUUUUUUAAUAUAUUUUUUUAAUCGGGUUGGGAACACAAAGUUUUUGAACCUAGCACUGAAGAAACUCAUUUCAUGUAUUUGUUCAUCUUUUACUGAAUGACUACUAUGUGCUAGAAACAUAUAAUGCUGUUUUUGGAAUUCCAAGCAAGGCCUCUUUUAUCAAGAAAGAAAAUUGGAAGGUGAACAUAAGAAAAAUAAUCACAAAAUGCCGUGGAACCCGAAGGAGGAGACUCAGUGCCUGCAGAAAAGUCUUGGUCUUCAAAGACGUAGCUCCUCAGGCCAAGGGGAAGGACUGCCAGGCAAGUGCAUGUGUCCACACAGACACAGAGGCUUGGGGUGCAGGGUUCACUUUGCAUCCUCAGGUGCCUGGAAUGAGCUGGUGGGUGGGGGAGGACAGAAAGGACAGAAAGACCAUUUGUCAGAGUGACUAUGAUUGUUAAUCAUCGUUAUUAUUAGUUAUUAUUCAUUUCCAUAGAACCGUUUGUUCAAAAUGGCUUAAAAGGAAAAGAAAGAAGCAAAACAAGCAGACCAUUGGCUUCUGCCUCCCCCCCCCGGCAGUUUUCAAACCACUUCAAGCGCAAAAGGAAGGAAUGUGAUGCUGAGAUGUGAGCCUGUGCAAGCAUGCCAGGAGCAGCAUGGAUGAGGAUGGAGUUUACCUGUGCAGAUGACUAAAUGAGCAUCCAUCUGUAUCUCAGAGGAAAGUGAGGCAGGACCACGAGUAUGAACACAAAGCUGGGAUGCCUGGCCUGGAAAUUUCAUGUCACUUUCACUUGUCCUUCACACCCUUUGGUGGGAAAGAAGGAAUGGUUGCUCCAGUAGUUUUUUUUUCUUACUACUAAACUUUUCUCCAAAUUACCUGUCCGUGACAUGGCCAGACCCUCCGGGGCAGCUAUGGUGAGGUGAGGAGCAGUUGUGGACACAGCAGGCUGCUGGGCAAGGUAAGGGGGAAUGAAGGGAGGAGUGACUGGGGGGCACGCACGCCCCCAUCCCCACCCCUGAGAGCACUAGAGCAGAGCCCGAAUGCUGUCUAGGCUGUGUAAUGCUGGAAAGACACGCUCACGUCUCUGCUAAAGUGACAGGUAACCGUCCCAAAGAGAAUGGGUUAGUGGAUUAUCCUGGCUGUAAGAGCAUGGGUUUUUCCUGGAUAAGUCGUUAUUCCUCAGAGGAAAAGACUCUCCCAUGGGUAUUUGUCAGGGUGGUGUCAUUGGGUACUGCCCUUCCCUGAACCAUGGAACAAGGAGCUUGUCUGUGCCUGAUUGUGGGCUUGAGUGCAUCUCCUUUGGGGACAGCUAAGUAAAGGAGGGUUUGCAGGGUAAAGGUUGACAGAUGUGGUGCAUGUGAAGGGGGACGGGGGUAGGUGGGGGGAGUUCGGCCAUAGGCCUUGCAAAGCCUGUCAAGAAGGACUUCUCAUCUCCUGCAAAACCAAACCUGCAGAGACUGCUGCAGAGAUGCUAGGGAAGUGCAAUCCCCUGGGUCUAAGCACAAGCUAAAAGCAGGGACAGCUUGCUUUAUUCAGCAGACUUUAUAGUGUCGCAGUCUCUGUGGGAAUUCGGCUCCAGUCCUGGGAAAACUCUUGUGUUCUCUCCUGAGAAGGGGGAGGAAUCCCUCCCAGUGUGAGAGGCGGGGAGCUUCUGGAAGUGAUUAGCCCUUUGCAGUCCGGUUGCCUUCAGUCUCCUUCUGCUUUUUGCGUGUUUGAUUCCAGAUUGUAGGCGAAGUGUGACUCCCUUUAAAUGCUUCUUUUAUGGUGUUGGUGAUGUGCACUUACUUGGUGAUAUGCACUCUUGCAACAUUCUACACUUUAGUGCCACCUAUAUUUCUCCUGAAGCAGCUUUGCCCUUGACCUGUCACACAUGCAUCUGUUUUGACCAGCUCACACAAUCCACACACUUUUACCUCUAAAACUAUUAAUAUUCUUCCUGCAUUCUGUGCCUGCAAAAAAAAAAAUAGGUUUCAUUAAUGCAUAGAUUCCAAAUUAAAAAAAAAAAACUAAGCAAAAAAAAAAAUGAUAUCCUAAAAGCCAGGCUUCUUUUCUUAUCAAUGCAAAUUCUUUUUCAUCAUAAUAAAUUUAGUGUCAGGAAGAUGGGAUAGAAAUUGGGAUGACAUUUAAGUUGCAGAUCUAGGACUUAAUCUCAGAAAUUUUGGUAGAAGAUUUGCGAUAAAGGUCUGCUGCCUUUCAGAUUUUUCAAAUAUUUCAUGUCAAAAUAUUAAAUUGCAACCAAACCUUACAGAUUGGGAAGAAAAUCACUUGGCAGGAAAGGACUUUGCAUAAUGCCCAAAUCUUAAACUGUCAGCUAAGAUGUUUGUUUAGUCUGAAAUGUUGCCAAAUCCAUCUGUACUGAAGAAAGAGCAAUGAGGUAGUCUUGGGGGAAACUAAAACAAAGAAAAGCAAAACAAAGGUGCUGUUGUAGAAGUUGGACACUCCAACACAUUAUAUACCCAAGAAGAAGGUAGAGCUGAAGCCUUUUGGGAAGUCACAGUGACGAAGCUCAAGAAAUUCUGUGCCUUUGGAAGCACUGGUGGCCAGUGAGGUUGUUCAAUCACAGUGAGCUGCCUGCUUCCCCAAAUAAAUUGUAUCUUGGAAAGUUGAAGUGGAUAAAAAUAUAUUAGUAUUUGAGAAUGUUCUGUUCCUUCACCUCCUCCCACAUGUAAUUUAGAGAUGCCCUGCAGAAUCCUAUGACACAGCUUGAUAAUCACUAAUUUCAAGCAGCGUUCUCCAACCUUUUGGAUUCGGCACACCAUUAGUAUUAAUACAAUUUUUUAGUAAACUGACAAUAUAUUAUGAAUCCAUAAAAAUACAUGUUGUCAUAUAUGUAUUGUUAAUAUUUAUGAUUAAUGUAAUAUGCUGUUCUCAAUCUGAUAUACUAAAUACAGUAAGAAGCUUAUCUUUAAAAGAGCAUGAAAAUAAAUAGAAAUUAUACUAUUUUCUUCACUUACCCUAGUGAAUUGUCUUUAUAUUUUACUCUGAAAACUGUUACAACAGGCUGGUGGGUCUCCACUUUGACUGAGUCACAGAUCACUUUGAGAACUGGAUAAAAGAUAAAAGAUAAGACCGUCACCCUCCCAAGCAUGUGCGCAUGCUCUUAUACCCCAAGACUGAUGUGAAUUUCCAGAGAUUUGGGGAUUCCUUGGAUUCUACUCCUGGGCCACCCCAGUGGGGUAGCAGAGACCCUCAGACUAAGAACUUAUUAUCUAGAAGGGAGAAAAUAGCAAGUCCUAUUUGGAAUGAGAGGAGAAUGAAGAACCAGAAGAAGUCUGUGAAUUUUGGCUUAGAUGUGACCAGUUGAUUUUUGAAGCACAAAGGGAAUAAUUUCUUUCACUCUUGGUUCUAUGGAAUGAUUUAUGGGGUUUCACAUAUGAGCAACUAAAGUUUUCUUUUUGGCAAAUGUUAAACAUAUCUCUCAAUGUAUUUUCUCAAGCUCUUGGUAACUGUGCAUUGCUCUAAGUAUCUAGCAAUUUUUUUCUGGUUUAAGUACUUCUUUUCAUUGUUCUCUGUGUGAAAUAGGAGAGCCAUUGAGCCUUGCACUGAAAACCUCCUUAAUACUAACAACACUUCUUUUAUUAUUACUUUCACAGUUGUUUUAAAUAACACAUUUAUUUUGAGUUCUACUUCUGGCAGAGUUGCAAAAUCUAUCAGAAAUUUAUCCUGUGUCUCAGAAGCUUGUUAAAUAUUGCUGCCACAUAAAUAUUGUAAUAAAAGUGUUAAAUAAAAAUCUUAAAAUGUUAAA